UGCAAUAAGUUCAGUAUAUGGUAUUUUAAGCCACAUUCAUUUUUAGGGUUUACUUCUCCUUUAAGACAACUGCACUGAAAUCUGCACCAUUUUCAGUAUGCAACAGCUGACCUGACCCCCAUAAAACCAAGUAUGUGUUACGUCUGCAUUCAAUGGCAAUCAGUAAGUAAAUGUGAACUGAUGGACAGACCGUACUUGUUUUGUGGCAGCAGCGCAACUUUCUUCUGAACAAGUUCUUUAGACCUUCAUCCUAAAGGGGGGAUAAUGUCAUCAAAGUAGCAAGAUUGCACCAUGUCUAGUAACCCAUAAGAAAAUCAGUGGUUGGUAAAUGACAUGCUACCACUGGUCAGUUGUUAGGGGUUCUAGACUAGGUGCAAAUUUGACAAGGUUUAGGGUAGGACUACAUGGACGUUUUCAACGCGAUCCGAUGCGCUGCAACAAAAUGCCGGAGUCAAAUCACAUGCGACGGAAAUAAGUGCAAAGGUGAAAGAAAGUGGAGGAAUACUUAUCUAAAAAAAAUGGCCACCCCAAGCCAUGGUCAUGUAGUUGGGCCUGCUGAGGACAGGUCCCCAUUUACAGACAUACCCACUGUGAUGAAUCUUCAAAACAAAACAGAAAUUCUUAAACCAGCUGAGCACAAACAGACUGGCAAAGAAAAUGUCUCUGUGCCAUCGGUUAGAAAUAAAGAUAAGACCUUGCAUGUAAAAAACCCUUUCAAAGAUGCUCGUCCUAAAAUUGAUACUGGAAUCAAAAAAAUGAACUCUGAUACUGUGGUCGGUACAGAUCAAAGAAAAGGACAGCCACUAAGUAAAACAUUCUUAAACAAAAAUGUUAAAAAGCCGGAGCUCAAGGGUGAGACGUUAAACCUACCAGCUGCUAAUGCCGUGCUGCAGAAGCCUGUACUCGGGGCAUACCGUGGUAAAGUCGUCCAAUCCAAAAUUAACUCUUUUAGGAAGACCCCUUUGAACACAGAUGGUACAAAUGUUAAAGGAGUGAUGGAACCAGUGGCUGCAGUGUCUCAGAAUGUAGAUGCAAGACCAAAAAUCUUAAUUGUUUCUGGAAAACAAGGUGUGAAACCUGCAUCUGCUAAUGCCAGUGUACAGAAACAGCCAACUACCUUCCAGAGCAGGACUCCAGUAAGGGCUUCAACCGGUGCUGUUAACCAGAAGAAGACCGAGCCAGCUACAACAAGGAGGCACACAAGUGCAGUUCUCACAAAAAAGCCAACAGACAGAGCCUUGCCUUCAAGACCAACUGCUGAAAAAAAUAUAAACAGUGGUUAUUUGGGUCAUAAAGCAGCUCUGCAGAAUAAAGGGAAAACACUAGCAAGUUCUGUGAUGCCACUGCCACAGCAGAACGGACCUGCUAAACAGACAAUGACAAUUCCACCCACAAGACAAAUUAAGACGGCAGAAGAACAAAAGGCUUGUAUAGCAAAGUGGAGGGAGGAGAAAGGGAAAGUAAUGAAGAGGCCUCCUUUAUCAACAUUUAAGUCCUCUACAUGUAAAAUGCAAAAAGAAGUUGUAUGCUGUAAAAGUAAGCCUGAACCACCAACAAAGGUUCCUGCAGAAAUCAAGACUGAAUCUAAUAAAGCCAUAGAAGAAAUCCCCUGCAAGUUGGCAGAAGAGGAUGAACAGGAGCUAUUCACACUGAAAGUUCACCAUGUAUUUGCAGAUUGCAAAAAGUUAAUUCAUGAGGGAUGCCCAAAAGAAGAAGUUCUUGACAUAUUGGAGAAACAGAUCCAGAAUGUCCCAGAAGCGAAAAAGCUUUCCAAAUACUGGGAAUGUCUUGCUCUCCUGGAGAAGCGUCAGGGAGAGUUGGCAAAAGUCAUUGUCAUCUGUGAGGAAGCUGUCACAGCUGGAGCACUGCCCUUAGAUGACCUAAGAACUAUUCUUGCGGAUGCAGUGGAAAGUCUGAAGGCCGAAUCCGCUGAAGGUGGGGAACACAAAGUGGAAGACUGUACAGAAGAACCUCUCGAGGCAGAGACAAAAUGUGAGAAUGAGCAAAGUGAACUGGAAGUGGCCAAAGCUAAAUCAGAGAGCACAGUUAAACAAAGAAAGGCCAGGCGUAUUUUGAUAAAGGAGGAAACAAGGCCUUCAGAUAUGGAGGAGGAGCUACCAAAUAAACACCGGACACCACAAAAUACAGAAUCCUCAACAGUUAUUAGGUUUAAUGUUCGGUCCACCCCUCACCUGCAAAAAAUAAAAACUAAAUUGCAGUUAGAUGACGGCAAUUCUACUAUCAAAGACUUGAAAUUUCUAACUCCCGUGAGACGAUCCAAACGCCUUGAACACAAAUCUCAACGCUUGCCUGACAUGUUAAGGGAUCACGACCCUUGUGUUUCUGGAAUAUCUCAGCUUGAGGAUCUAGAAAGCUGCCCCAGUGCCUAUAUAUUUAGGAGAAACAACGCACUCCAAGAGUGCAACAGCCAUAAAGAUUGUAUAAUUGCACAGGCUUUUGUAUAGGUUGCACCUUUCUAAUCUGCUUAUUUUAAAGUAUGUUGUAAUUAUGAAUAACCGGUUGUGAUGUCCUCUUACUUCUGAUUUUAAUGUGUGUGGCCCUGCAGUUGGGUGAACUUAAUUAGGGGGCAAUGCUGAUCUUUUCUCACUAAGCAAGUUUAACUUUGUAGGGUGCCUGUUUCCAUGGGGUGACAUGAGUAGAAACUCUUGAGUUAGGAGCAGGCACUUAGUAGUCUGUGAGACAGACCGGUAUUCAGAAGGACUAUAUAAAGCGCAACUGAAAGAAAGCACUUGAUUUCCUACUGCUAAGGCAUCCAGAAUUGUUCUAAUGUAUAUUAUAUUUAUUUUGAGCUUCUGAGCCAAAAAAAUAUAAGACACUAAUAUCCAAGUGCAUCUGUAUGUAACAAUUGUAGCAUUUGCUUGAGACACUUUAUUAAUUUGAACCAAACUAGGUACAGAUCAUUUGCUUUUAUAGAUUAGAAGCUUCUAAUAAAACAUAGCUGUAUAAAAUGUAAUAUAUUCAACAGUGUUUCAGUGUGCAAAAGCAAGCCAAGAUAAACCCUACAGAAGUAAAUAUUGUCUAUAGGCUUCUUAGGUGACAUGGAAGCAAGUAAAUAGUAACUUUCUAAAAGCUUCAGUCUUAUACAAUGUUCUGUUGAAUGUCUACACGACUUCCAUAAAAUGUAUCUUUGAAAACUGA